AUGGAGAAGGGCUUUGGGUUGGGAAACAGCCCACGUGGUUUCUUUGUCCGGGCAGGCGGGAGUUAUGAAGCCUGCGGGUUUGGUCCAGCUGUUGGUGCACGCGAGCCAGGGAAAGAGGCUGGUGAUGAACAGUUCGUAGAUUCCAACCAGAAAGGAGGCUUGCGUGAAAGCGGGAGGCCUCGGGCGGACGGCACAGUCGUUGCUGGAGGCACGUACUUGCGUGGCCGCAGGGCUGAGAGGGAGGUUGCGAGCGUAGGCCGUGUAGGGGACACGUACCCACGGGGUGGUUGUUAUAGUGGAUUCGGGAGAAACAAGAGAAAGAACAAUGGCGUGUGGGUGCUCAUAUAG